AUGGUCAGCGCAUCAGGCCGUAUCACUGCCUCAUCCUACCGCCGCACAUCUGCCGCCAGCAUCAGGUCCUCAUCAUCCUGCGCCGCCGCCCUACCAACAUCCGUCCCAGCAUCCGCCUCCAUUCUCGCGGCCUCCCGAGCUGCCCUUGUCCCGCCUCUCCCUCCCUCGUCAGCGCAUCCACCUUACCCGUCCUAUGCCCCUCGAGAGCCGGUUGUGAAACGAGAUCCUGCCGAAGAGAACUCCCUUCCCCAGCUGCGCCGACCAAACUCGACCGGUGGCGUUGCAGAGGGUCUUCAGCCCGGUCCUCAUGGUCCUCCACAUCCGAAUCCUCCUCCGCCUCAAGACGAUCCGCGACGACAUAUGAGUUACGACGGCGGGCCAUCGAUGCCGCAUUCGCCGGCCAUGUAUAGGCAACCCCAGGGUUACCACCCUCCUCCGACGCCGGUCGCUCAGCACCCACCAUAUGACGCUCCUCACGUAUACGGCCCUCCGGCCUCCAUGUAUCCCGUAGAGAUUGCCACCAGUGCCAAGCGGAAAGCCCAGCGCGCCUCUCAGGCUUGCGAUAGUUGUAGGCAGCUCAAAGCUAAAUGCGACGAGACUAAACCUUGCAAAAAUUGCAGGGAGAAAAACAUCGACUGCAAAUAUCGAGAUCCCCCGGCAAAACAGCCUGAUAAAGUUACGGCGGAUUUGUUGGAGAUGCUCUCCACUAUGAGGGACGAGUUGAAUCAUAAGCUGUCAAAUAUUAACGCGGAGCUUACUGGAUUAGCACAGGCUAGUAUGAAUCAGAAUCAGCGGAUGCUUAACCUAGAAACCAAAGUCAAGCAGAUUAAUCCGGGGACCGACAUGAAGGUCGAGUCAAUUGAAGAAGAGGAGCAUCCGGACGAUUUCCCGCCUGGCUCUCCUGCGCCUGCUAGCAAGACCCAGGGCGAAGAAUCGUUAUCAUCUCCGGGGGGCACUGUGGUGGAGCCGAGUCUGACUAUGGAUGAAGCUCACGCUACGUUACAAGAAGCGAACGACGACGAUAUGGAGGAACACCCGGGUCCGAUUGUGACGCCUGGCAGGCCUGCCAUGCCUCCGAACCACACGACAUUAGCAGGUUUACUUUUGAAGUGGCCAUCAAUUGAGAGAAUGGUCCACCAUCUGAUGGAAGCAGAGAAGAUCUAUCACCCUGACGAAUAUCCAAUCCGGCAAGAACAGCAGCGCGGUAUAAUCCGCGUUUUUGGGAGAGGCGAGGGAUUUGAUCAGGACAUUCGUGCCUCAGAUAAAGAGACACCGCCGGACCAUACCAUGACCGACGUUUUGGACGACUGUUCGGAUGUUGCAUCGCCCUCCCCCGUAGGAGAAGCCUGGGGUCAAGUGGGCAGUUUGACGCCCCCUCCCGGUGUCGAGUACAGAGGAGGUGUUGUGAAUGUUGAUGGAAAUCCAGAUUGGGACUCGACGAAGAUCUGGAGAUACGUGCAGAGUUUCAGGGACAACAUCCUUAACAUGCACCCUAUAAUCAUUCCGAGGGAGCUUACGGCCAUGGUCAAAAUAUUCCUCGAUACUCUACCGAAGUCUGAGAAAAGCCAAGGCAACAAAAUGGGCGGGAAUGCAAGAUUCGUCAAUCAGCCGAGUGGGAUUAUGCCGUUUGAAACGGGACAAAAGAGGAAGAGAUCACCUGCCGCAGACGAGCAAACCCCCUCGACAACAUUUGUAAAGCCUGGUCGACCUUAUCGAAGCGUUCACAGCGCCCUCGUCCUGAUGGUUUUUGCCCUGGGCAAGAUUUGUUUACAUAAAGACAAGAUCCCCGACGCAGUUCACGAGUCAGACUCACCAAUGCAUCACUCGCCCUCAGUUCGCAACGGCAUUUUAGCUUCGCCUUUGCAAGGAUCGCCCCCGGGAAUGUUUUCUCAGUCCCAAUCCUCUAACAUGCCGUCUCCUAAGGAAAGCGAGAGGAUCCCCAUGAGUCGGAGACCUUCCCUUCAGGGGAAUCCUUCAGGCUCAAGGGGCCCUCAUUCACAUAAGCGGAAUCUGGACGUCAUCCCCGGCCUCGAAUACUUCGCCCUUGCAAUGGAUAUCAUGGGUAGCCACAUGGGCGGUUUCAAUCUAAAGCACAUCUACGUUCACAUCUUAGCCGGACUGUAUUACGGACAACUGGGUCGUGUACUUGAGAGUUGGUCUUAUAUAUCUCUUGCAAGCCGGAAUUUACAGGUCAUACUCCGUCCGAGUCUUGAUCGCCUUUCGAAGUGGCACGACCAGGGUAGGAGCAUUGGACAGUCCCGUAGGGAUAAUCAGCUGGCAUUUGCCUUCUGGACCUGCCUGCAAUUGGAAAGUGAUAUUCUUGCCGAGCUGCCUCUCCCUCAGUCCGGUAUCUUGCAGUAUGAAGAUAGGAUGCCAUAUCCAAAUUCCGAGUAUGCCGUCAAUCAGGGCUUCUCAGAGCACAUAGUAACUGGUUAUAUUGCACAGCUGUAUCUUCGAAAGCAGCUGAACCAGGUGCAUACCCUUCUCUACGACUCGGAGAAGCAAAGCAAGAAUAGGAACGGAAUCUCGUUGAGCGACCCAGCCGUCGAAGAAGGCGUCAAGCGAAUUGAGGAGAUGCUAGCGAAUUCGAGGAACCGCUGGGUGCCCGGUAGCUACCAGUGGGAUGACAAAGACCCUCCGGCCAAUGACAUACUUGGAGCUCGCCUCCGUGCCAAAUAUUGGGGCUCGCAAGUUAUCCUUUAUCGACCCUUUUUGAGGGCCAUCCUCGAACGAGAACCGUGGCCACCAUAUCACAACCAAGCAGGUUCUCCCGAUGCCCAGCCGUCGCUCGAGAUGGAAGAGAUGCCUCGCAACGUGGAUGCUAGGAUUCUUCACUAUGCCGGCUUGGCAAUCAAUGCCCUCGUCGAGAGUACCCGAGCGUUCCAUGGGAUACCUAGCACCCAACGAAUUAUCAUUACCAACGUAUUCGGAACUGCUCAUGCUCAAUGGGGAAAUCUCUUAACUCUUGCAGCGUGUUUCAAGGAUAGGUAUCUACGCAGGUUCAUCGAUGCGGAGACCCUAAACACUUUGUUUUCUAAAACGAUUUCUUUCUUCCAAACGAUUGCUACACCCACGAGCGCACUAAGAGCGGACAUGAACAUUUUGAUCGGCUUGGCAAAGGAUCUUGGGUUCAUCCCGAACGAAUACGACAUCACAACCUCGAGCUUUUCAAGCAUAGCGAGCGGUGGGCCUGGGUUACCGCCCAUUAGUGACAACUUUCACCCCCCUCCGCCAUCCGCGCUUGGACGACCUCCUCUACCUCCACCGCAAAUUCCUUGAGAGAUUCUGGGUUGUUAAAUUGUACGACUACGACUGCGUCAAACGAUACGGACGAGCGAUGCUGUGGUGUUUUAAUGGGGCUUUUUGGUCCCCCGCUCUUAGAGGUGGGACCAACUGCCCCAUGUUUGGAUUGGUGCGGUUAUAAUGUUCGAUACUAGAUGUAUCGAGGACAAACUGUCAUUUCAUGCCAUGUACAUGGUGACAAUGUCUGGUCGGGGGAGGUAAUCUGUAUUUGGAGGUUUCGCACCUAGCAACGGCGUUUUCGGGAGACUGUCCGGCGCGACAAUGUUUGGUUCUACGGUGCCAGUUUGCAUACUACAGGUACAUUCGAACGUGCUUGGUUUCCGGCAAAAGUAUUUCUCGUUGGUGUUUUUAUACUCUUAUUUUUCUACCCUAUCAUCGUUUGUGGCGCCAGCCCACUGGAGCAUACACUACCGGCGUUUUUUCAUCGAGGCAGCAUUGGAAUAUCCUCUGUGGACAAGAUUUUACGGAAACUCGACAGCUUAGGAUACCCCCCUUUGCGAGAGCGCGCAUCUUUUGUUGUGCUUUUAUAUUACUGCUACUACUACCACCACUACUACUGCUACAUACACACUAUAUAUAUAUAUCAACAUCGACGAGUAUAUACUUAUUAUACUUACUAUUUACAAAUUUGAUACUUACGUCUAUUUCUCUCCUAAUCUUCGCGGUUCCUCAUGGUUC